AUGGCUCUACAGAUCAACCGUGGUAAAUGGAGGAAGGGACGGAAGCUGUUUAUUAUGGAGGAGAGGACAUGUGUGCAGGAGUUUGUGCCACCAGGUAGCAGAGGUGGAGGAGUGGGGGACCAGAGGACCGUAUCUGUGCUGGAUCAGCUGGCAGGGGUCUUCCACUCCAUCAUGGGUUUCAGUGGCCGCCUGCCGCCGUUUUCACCGCGUCAGCAGAGCGGAAACGUGCGCGGCGCCAGCCCCGAGCGGCGAGCGCGGCCUGGCAGCGCGGACGACUGCUCCGCAGGGCUGGUAGCCGAGGCCCCGGGAGACGGCGCCCGCUCUGGCUCGGCGACCGCUCGAGUGGCAGCGGCGUUGGUGGCUCUGCGUGCGCGGCACGUCCUCUCUCCCGGCGGCUGCCCCGAGCUCCUGGACACACUUGGCCGCUUCGAUCCGGAGCGCGGGCGCGGACCGGCGCCGUGCCAGGCGGUGGAGAUCCCUAUGUGUCGCGGCAUCGGCUACAACCUUACCCGCAUGCCCAAUCUGCUGGGCCACGAGUCGCAGCGCGAGGCGGCCGCCAAGCUGGACGAGUUCGCGCCGCUGGUGCAGUACGGCUGCCACAGCCAUCUGCGCUUCUUCCUGUGCUCGCUCUACGCACCCAUGUGCACCGACCAGGUCUCGACGCCCAUCCCUGCCUGCCGGCCCAUGUGUGAGCAGGCGCGCCUCCGCUGCGCGCCCAUCAUGGAGCAAUUCAACUUCGGCUGGCCAGACUCGCUGGACUGUGCGCAGCUGCCCACGCGCAACGACCCGCACGCGCUCUGCAUGGAGGCGCCCGAGAACGCCACGGCCGGCCCCGCCGAGCCCCACCAGGGCCGGGGCAUGUUGCCGGUGGCGCCAUGGCCCGCCCGGCCCGCUGGCGACGGGGCUCCGGGGUCGGAAGGCGGCGGCAGCGGCAGCGGUGGCGGCUGCGAGAACCCGGAGAAGUUCCAGUACGUAGAGAAGAGUCGCUCAUGCGCGCCGCGCUGCGGGCCGGGCGUCGAGGUGUUCUGGUCGCGGCGGGACAAGGACUUCGCGCUCGUCUGGAUGGCGGUGUGGUCGGCAUUGUGCUUCUUCUCCACUGCCUUCACGGUGCUCACCUUCCUGCUGGAGCCUCACCGUUUCCAGUACCCUGAGCGUCCCAUCAUUUUCCUGUCCAUGUGCUACAACGUCUACUCGCUGGCUUUCCUGAUCCGCGCCGUGGCCGGAGCCCAGAGCGUGGCUUGUGACCAGGAGGCGGGCGCGCUGUACGUGAUCCAGGAAGGCCUGGAGAACACGGGCUGCACACUCGUCUUCCUGCUGCUCUAUUACUUUGGCAUGGCCAGCUCGCUGUGGUGGGUGGUCCUGACCCUCACCUGGUUCCUGGCAGCCGGCAAGAAAUGGGGCCACGAGGCCAUCGAGGCCCACGGCAGCUACUUCCACAUGGCGGCCUGGGGCCUGCCAGCUCUCAAGACCAUUGUCAUCCUGACCCUGCGCAAGGUGGCAGGGGAUGAGCUGACCGGGCUAUGCUAUGUGGCCAGCAUGGACGCAGCAGCGCUCACAGGGUUUGUGCUUGUGCCUCUGGCCUGCUACCUGGUGCUUGGCACCAGCUUUCUCCUGACGGGCUUCGUGGCUCUCUUCCACAUCCGCAAGAUCAUGAAGACAGGGGGCACCAACACCGAGAAGCUGGAGAAGCUCAUGGUCAAAAUUGGGGUCUUCUCUAUCCUCUACACAGUGCCCGCCACCUGUGUCAUUGUUUGCUACGUCUACGAGCGCCUCAACAUGGACUUCUGGCGCCUUCGGGCCACGGAGCAGCAGUGCACAGCAGCGCCCGUGCCUGGAGGCCGGAGGGACUGCUCUUUGCCCGGGGGCUCGGUGCCCACUGUGGCUGUCUUUAUGCUGAAAAUCUUCAUGUCGCUGGUGGUGGGCAUCACCAGUGGAGUCUGGGUUUGGAGCUCUAAGACUUUCCAGACCUGGCAGAGCCUGUGCCACCGGAAGAUGGCAGCUGGCCGGGCCCGGGCCAAGGCCUGCAGGACCCCUGGGGGCUAUGGCCGUGGCCCCCACUGUCACUACAAGGCCCCCACUGUGGUCUUGCACAUGAUUAAGGCGGACCCCUCUCUGGAGAACCCCACACACCUCUAG